UUCAUUUAGUUUAAUGGUGAUCAAUGAACACAUUAAAAAAAUAAGAAUUUUAUAAAUGUUACCAUCCACUUCAAGCUUUGUAAUCAAUGCACUGUUAAGCAAAGUAACUUAAUUCUAAUUCUAAAGAGAAUAGGAUGAAUGUUCUCAUUUAUUUUUAAACACAAAUAUAUUACGGUAGAAGCACGUAGCAGAAUUUAUAAUGAAAGAACUACAGAGCUGGGUUGGAUCAGUUCCAGAGUACAGUUAGCAGAUCAGCUGAGCAAAAAAUUAUCUUGAAUUUUCUGCACCAAGUUUUCUCUUUCUCACCUUUUUAUUAUUUCGGAGUCUAGGAACGAAACUCGUUGAUGAAUAAUUAUGUUUUUCCUGGCACGAAUAAAUGUUUUCCUGGAUUUAUCUGUAUCAUACCACAUACCUAUUGUAUGUGUAAUAUAUUUUGCAUAAUACAUUGAAAUAUAUUUUGACCUCUUCAUUUACUGCAUAGGCAAUUGACAGGAAUUUUAAUUUUUGUGCUGGUUUUUUUCAGGGGUGGGGAUGGGUAAGGUUUUUCUCCCAUCUAUUUUUUUAAAUUAAAAAGGUUCUUUAUCCAUAUCUGUAAAGUGCUGUUCCUCCCAUGAUUUGAAAAUGCUUCUUCAUCUAUCGUUUCUUUCUUCUCAACCUCCACUCCGCAUUUUGUAUAACCUGGAAUACCUUCCCAUUUUAUUUUACCCACUUCAAGAAUAAGCCAUGGGUUCUUGACCUGAGUGUUCAGUUUGCCUUAUUUUCUAAAAAUUGCCAUUGCUUGGAGGCUCUUUUUCAGAAUACUCUGCGAUUUUGGGACACUUAGCCACCAGAAAGUAGGAUAGAUCUUUCAGCCAAUGUUAAUUUACCAAAACAACGGAGUAAAAAACCCUAUGAGAAUUCUGAGCCCAAUAAUUUUUCUUAAAGACAGUUCCUACUUCUUCCAUACAAAUAUCGCAGCUCUCUUUAUUUCAGCCAUCUGGGCUAGUUGGGUUAAGUUUUCUGGACCACAGCUUCUGUCCCCAUUAACCAUGUUAUCAAGGGUUGAUGGACUAGAUAGAACGCAUCAUAUGGAGAGCCAUAUCAUGCCCCUCUUUUAAGACCACCAUUCACACGGGACGCCUUCAUAGGACUUCUGAGUUCACCUUCCUAUCCGACAUUCCUAUCAGAGUCAGAAGGAAAGCAGGGGUUGGGGACGGGGGUCACCUCCGAUGCGCUCCCUCCUUCCCCAGGGAUUGGAGCAUGCCAAUGGAAAAGGAGACCCUCCCUCUUCAGAUGACAGGGAGAGCAAUAAAAGACCCCCAGAGCCUCGAAGCUGGACCAUUCGGUCGCACCGGCUGCAGGUCCCUCCUCGCCCCUCUUUCGUGGCCGCGUGGGUGGAUCUUCCCUUCCUAUGAGCCCAUCCGGCGAGGAAGCCUUUGAGGACCAUCUCCUAGGAGGUCGCAGUUCAGAUGGGGAAGAAAGUCCCGGCGUCUUGGGCGAAAGCAGCCGGGGACUCUGGACCCGUGCCAAGGAAAGCCGGAGCGGCGUCGGUGCCGGGGGUCGCAGCCAGCCCACCGGAGCAACGGUGGCGGCUGCAGCGUCGACGGCCCCCGAGGGACUGGCCAAGCCCCCUUAUUCCUACAUCGCCCUGAUCACCAUGGCCAUCCUGCAGAGCCCGCAGCAGCAGCUGCCUCUGAGCGGCAUCUGCGCCUUCAUCCGCGGGCGCUUCGCCUACUACGGCCGGCGCUUCCCCGCCUGGCAGAACUCCAUCCGCCACAACCUGUCGCUCAACGACUGCUUCGUCAAGGUGCCCCGCCAGCCCGGCAGUCCCGGCAAAGGCCACUUGUGGCGCCUCCACCCGGCCUCGCAGGGCAUGUUUCACAACGGCAGCUUCCUCCGGCGCAGGCAGCGCUUCAAGCGGCCCGCGCCCUCCGCCGCCGGGAUCUUGUUCUUCCCACCUCCCCCUGGUGGUCCCUUGCUGCCUCCAGCGGUCGUACUUCUUCCCGCUUGCUCCUCGCCGCCGCCGAGGGAAGGAAGAGCGGGGGCGGCCCGAGGGACCGAGCAAGCAGGGAAGGGGCGCCGUGGUCCCGGGGAAGAAGAAGAAAAGCGGGCCUCGGGGGAGAUCGGCCUGCAGGACGGCGACAGCAACAGGUGCUCCUUCAGCAUCGAGAGCAUCAUGAAGACGGCGCCCACCCUGGUGCAGCUGAGCGCUUGGAUCCCCUCUUCUGCCGCCACGAUCUGCAACCGCAGUCCGGCUCUGCUGUCCCGGCCGGAGCGCUUCGUGGCCUCGUGGAGGACCUUGCUGGCUCCCGGCACCGGUCAACGUCCCGCAGCGCUGUUCGCGGGUCACUCAGAGUUGACCCUCAGCCGGUCUCCUGCCUUUUAGAUCUACACUCUUUUUCUCUUUAAUCUUUUAAUCUGACCUCCAAUUGCUCUGCUUUAGCACGCCCCCUCCCCAAAAAAUGAAGAGGUGGCUCCUUAAAUUCUGAAAGUUACUCUCCCUUUUUCACCACGCCGAUUAAGGUGUCUGACUACCCUUCUGGGGUGAAGGACAGCAUCCUACAGAACGAAAUUUCCAUCCUGCUUCAGGCAACGACUGAGCAAGGUUUACAUGUGCCCAACAUCUAAGGAUCCACUUUAAUGCAGUGUUGAAAUGAAGUGUGACUGAACUAAAAAGAAAAAAGAAAAAAAUCAGACUAUCCUUCUGAUUUCUAAUCAGAAUUGGAUUGGAGCUGAAUUCAUGUCAACUGAUGGCUUCAUUGUCAACAUUUUAAAUAAAUAAAAGCAGAAAUAGACAACUGAGAUGAAAGGGCUAAGUUGAUAAAAGAAGUUCCAUUUUAUGAAGAGCAUGAGGCACUUUGAUUCCCAGGUUUUGCAUUUACCUCUUUAUAGCAACUUGUUUGUGUUUCCUUCCAGCUCAGCAGAACACUCAUUCCUCUUUUUUUCUUCCCCAAAUAUUGUGUGUUAUUCUGGAGACAAUAUUAGUCUGGUCCUUUUCAUCGGGGCUCCCGUGCCUACCUAUAUAAUGCUGUAUUCCUCAUUAAUGAUUGUAAUCACUCACAUAAAACCUAUAUAACAUCUAAAAUCUAAGAAAUUAACCAAAGUUUAAGCUGAUCCAAAGAGAGACUAGCUCCAUGCAGAGACCAGAAUUCCAGGAAUCUUCCAUUAGAUUUGUUUUUCAAACAUCUACAGGUUGUUUAGAGAAACUAAAAACCGUCACUUUUUGUUAUUCCUUACAUUCUGCUUUCAGCUAGUUGGUUCAACAUUCCUAAUUCUCAGCAACUAUAAUUAGUUUUGAACUGAAAAGAUCUCUGUUUGCAUUUCUACUUUAUAUACAUUUCCAAUUCCUUAGUUUAUUCUUUUUAUAAAGCAUCAAUUCAAAACGUAUUUUGAACUACAGGCAAAGAAUUAUAGUAGUAUGAGUUAGACUGUUUUUGGCACUGAAGUCAAAUAUAGGUAUUUCUCAUGUGAACAGAUUGCAUAAUACAUACUGAUCUAUUCUCGAAGAAGGGUAAUCUGUUCAUAUGAGAUAUACCUAUUCUCAUACCUAGGCCUUAAAAGUAUCCUAUUUAAUUUAGUUCAGUAAUAUAUCCCACAGCAAAAUUUCAAGGGUCAGCUAUUAAUAAAUUAACUUCUAUUUCUGGACUGGAGGAAACCUCAUUUUAUUAUUUGCUUCAGAGAACAAAAUAGUUUUGGAUGAAUUUUUCUUCAAUUCAAAAAAAAAGUUCAUGGAGAGAGACUGCAGGGAGGUUAAAAUAAAGAUUUCCAGUAACCCAGUUCAUCCGCUGGGGUAGAUGGAGAAUUAAGCAUCCUAUGUCAUCGGCUUGCUUUUUAUUAUCUAAUCUUUCUUGUUUUAUACAUGAACCUGGGAGAUCUGGAUUUUAUCAAAACAAACUGUUAUCACCUCUGUGAGACUUAUGUAAAGGCAAACUGUGUAACACAGAAUCAAACACUACAUUAAGAUAGUAAAAAACAUUUUUGUGAAAUUGAGAAAAUUCCUUUUUAAUGUUCUGCACAUAUAACAAUUCCGUUUACAAUAAAGUAAUAGAUGAGAGAAGGACCCAUGCUAAUUUUUUGUGAUUCUUUGUGUGUGAGUUAUAUGUAAUUUGUAAAAAUAGUACAGUGUGUAAAAUUUGCUCUCAUUUUUGGUUAAGUGUGUGUUUAGGCUAAACAUCAUCUCAUAGUCCCAGAUUGGGGAAUCAAAAAACAUCUAUCUAAUAGCCCACACUGGACCAGUAAGGUAAAAUACAGUCUAUAACCUUCAAUGAAGAUGCUUUCACUCUGCAGCGGAAUGAUUUUCAGUUGAUAAACAAACACAUCUUUUCCUGUCAGAUUGCAUUAUAUAAAGCAUUUGUAGCUCCAUGCUUCUUUAUGCAACUUUCAAUUUCUGUAUGGCGUUUGCAUUCAACAUCAAGCUUCUAACCAUACAGCAACACAGGUUGUUAUUUAUACAAUGUGUUAACUAUAAAUGGCAAAACAUGUCAAAGCAGUUGGAAAGCAGCUGAAGAUGGCACUUCAUCCUGCAGUGGAUUGACUUGGGCUAAUAAUGAAAUCUACAUACCUAUAUCUGUCUGUCUAUCUGUCUGUCUGUCUAUCUGUCUGUCUGUCUGUCUGUCUGUCUGUCUGUCUGUCUGUCUGUCUGUCUGUCUAUCUAUCUAUCUAUCUAUCUAUCUAUCUAUCUAUCUAUCUAUCUAUCUAUCUAUCUAAACCCAUCUAAACAUAUACACAUGAUUUAACUUUAUUUAAAAGUUUGUCUUGAUAGCAUACAUAGAUAUUACAAAUGCAACCAAUUAAAGGAUAUAAGAUAUGUUUUAUUAACAAGAAAGAAAACUGCUUCUGAAUUUAUCUUAAUAGUGGUUAACAAACAACUUUUUUUCAAGGUUACCACAACUUAUAUUUUUAUACAGCUGAACUGUACUGCUCCAAUUAAGGUUAUGUGUAUCUUGAAAAUAAAUAUAGUAUACAAUGAAGAUUUUUUCACUCCAGGUGGCGCUAUUUAACCACUUUCUCAGGUAUUUAAAAAAGUUUAAAAUACAGACACCAAGCUGCUAUUUUGGAUUUCUGUUGUCAGAAUAAAUACUUUUUUUGCUUGCUUUUCAAAUUAGUAAAUCUUAUUUUGGUUUUUUUAGUACUGUAUUCUAGGAUUGGUGUAAUUAUUGUGGAUGAUUUAUUUAAGGUUUUCUCCGAGAAGAAAAGCAGCACUGAAUAAGUUUCUGAACCUGCUGCCCAGUUGCUGGUAGUCAGUACAGUCUUUAAAGAGACGAAUUAAAAAAAAGGUAUGCAAUAUAAUGAGAUUAACAUUAUGAGUUUUAUCUGGAAUAGUUGCUACAAUUUUUGCAGAUUUUGUCAGAAAAACAUCUUGGUCUGAAAAGGUUUGCAUUUCUACAGUACCCUUAGUUAAUCACUUUCCCUUUCAAAUAUAUUAGAUCUAAAACAAUAAUACUUAUCUUGAAUAUUAAGAUGUUAGAAUUAUACAUAUUUAAUAAUGUCUGAUUAAUGCAAUCUCAUAUCAAUCUCAUAAAUGAGAUUAAAAUACAUAUGCAUGUCUUAGCAUUUGUGAAUGUUUUUAAAGUAAUUACAAGCAUUGAGAUGCAUAAAAAUAGUAUUUUUCUGAUGAUUCAUGAAAAUUAUUUUACUUUUUCCAUAACUUUAAUUCCCAGGAGCUUAUUGUUAUAUUUCACAAAGAUUAUUGGCAGUUAUUCAACAGUUAGCCUUUCUAUGCAGAACAUUCAGGCAGUUAAGAAAAUACCCAAUACAGCAGUGAAAUAAGCAGAAAAUAUCCAUAUGUAAUAUAACAGGGAUGUGUAUCACAAUUGUUUUAUUUUUCAUUAUGUGUACAUGUUAAAUAAUUUUUAAUAUAGCUCAAUACAAGAGAUAAGCGUUCAUAAUAAAUAUAUAGUAAUAGAAUUGGUAGAAUUUUUCACUGAAAAUGGAAGCUGGAUAAAGUAGAAAAUCUAGCAGAUGCUAAAUAAAUUUAUCUAUUAAUACUUUUUUUGUCCACAGGAAUAGUGCUAUUUACCUUUGGUUUUAAUAGAAAACUGUAAGCAGGUAAAUGUGCGUUCUGAACUUACAAACAACUCUUUUCUUCUUAUAUAGUGAAAGGGUGAAAAAAAGAACCAUUAUUCCAGAAAUUUUUUUGCCUCUUUGUAAAUCCAAAAUAGUUUUCCAAAGCUUGCUUCAGAAUAAUUAGGUUUGGCA